AUGUGGAAACUGCAGUUGGAUUUGAAGCUGCUGUUUCUGAUCCUCCCCCAGCUUGUGCCCAUCUUGCUGGAAGCGACAUUCCAAGAGACUCCUGACAACAGAAGAGGCCAGCUUUCUACACAGCUCCGCCUCCGAGCCCGCCUGCUACACCCUCCCUCCCUCCCUCCCUCCGGCCCUGCUGCAGCUCCGGGCCUCGGGCCCUGCGCCGGCUGGUCCUUCCCGCGCACGGGCUGCAGCAGCAGCAGGAGCAGCCAAAGCAGCUGCAGCAGCUGCAGCAGCUGCAGGAGCAGCCAAAGCAGCAGCAAAAAGAAGAAGAAGAAGAAGGAGGCUGCAGCUUUGGGGCUGGGCCGGCUGCAGAGCCGCCCGGCCUCCUCCCCCGGGCCCUGCCCCUCCUCCGCCCGCCCGCCCGCCAUGGAGCAGCGCCGCCGCCCCCCGCUCCUCCUCGUCCUCGCCUUCUCCUUGGCCGCGCUGGCGGGGAGCGGCUCUGGGGACAGUGAUUUCAGUUUGGAAGAUGCACUGAGUGACCUUACUACAAAGAAACCUGUUCCCGAGCCUCCCAAAAAGCCAUCAGGUGGGACAAGAGGAGGAGGAGCAGACUCUGAUUUGGACUUGUUUGAUGCCCUGGAUGAUCGAGAUGAUCCAAAUGAUGGUAGAAAAACAAAGCCAAAUUCAGGAGGAGGAGGUGGUUUCAAUCCACUAGACUUUGAUUUGGGUCCUGUCCCAUCCAAGCCAACAACUAAGCCCUAUCCAAAGAGACCAGGCGGAUGGGACCACAUCCAAACAACCACAACCAAGAGGCCGCGAGUUACCAAAGCUCCACCAAAAAUAUCAGACUCUGAUUUUGACCUGUCUGAUGCUUUGGAUGACCGAAAUGAUCCAAAUAGUGGAGGAAAACCUAAGCCAAAUUCAGGAGGAGGAGGGCUUUCAGACCAAGAUCUUGAGGGCAUUCUGAAUGAUGGCUACAGACCCGAUAAGGAUAAAGGUGGUGGCUUUGGCAGCAGUGAUGACCCUGGAACCGGAACUGUGGCGGAAACUGGGACGAUAGCAGGCAUAGCUAGUGCCCUAGCCAUGGCGCUGAUUGGAGCUGUAUCCAGCUAUAUUUCCUAUCAACAAAAGAAGUUCUGCUUUAGCAUACAACCAGAAGGUCAAGAGGGUCUGAACACGGAGUAUGUGAAGGGAGAAAACCUGCAAAGUGUUGUGUCUGAAGAACCUCAGGUUCAGUAUUCAGCCCCACAGUCUGCAGCACCGUCAAGAAACCCUGAAAUCUGAAGCUCAAGGGCAAGAAGAAAGAAAUCAACCAACAGCAAAUGUAUGCACAAAUGUCUCAGAAUGCUUGUAAUUCAGCUUGUAUUUCUUUUGGAUCCAAAAUUGUUUUAUAUAUUCAGCCCUAACCAGCUCCUCCUUACUGUAAGCUAAGUUUUAUGAAUGUGGUGUUCAUUUUUAAAUAGUUGUUUACAAUGGACUGAAAAAUGCAGCACUUCCAGGUGUCUACCAGAGGUGCUGUAAAUCGACGUGAUGCUAACAAGACUGAUCAUCUCCUCAAAAGCAACCAGAUGAGAAAGUAACUUUCCAGGUACUAGGGAAGGUUUCAGGUGCACCUGCCUGUUGGAAGUUAGCCAAGCCAAACCAUGCAGAUAAUUACUGUGAGAAAUGUUUGGAAUGAUGACAAGUGGAGUGCCUGGCCAUAGCCGUACCUUCAGAUGACAGAGAGUCCAGUUGUGCUUCCAGGUAUGGCUCCAGCCCCUGUGGCAUAAUUACAGGUUCAGUAUCUGUGCAGCUUGGAUCAGGCCAGAGAGCGUAAUGAUAUGAGGAAAUCGGAUUUCAGAGAUUUAGAUAGCAAAGUCAUUCCCGGCAGAAGCCUGUUAAUUGUAUUGGUUCUUUUGUGAUUCCUCAAAAGUGGCUUUAUGCCCUCCCGUCCCCGACCAGAGGUGCUGAUGUGAAGGAAGGAUAAGCAUAUCCGGAGGUGAGUACUCUUAUUUUAAAGGAGGGCUCUGUGAUGUGGCCUGUUUUAUGCCAUUAUGUGUGUUAGCUAAAACAGCCAUUAUGAUUUUAUUUAUUUAUAUUUUAAAUGCUCCUAAACCUUGCCUCUAAAGAGUACCUCUUUGGGACUCAUUUUGUGUUUUUAGAAACAAAACUAACUAGCCAGUUUUAUUGUUUGGCAAUCACAAUUUCCUAGAGAAACACAUUAGGUAUAAAGGUUAAGUGGUGUGCCUUAUUUUAGCUUUUUUUAGCAGGGAAGGGGGGCAUUGUAAUUCUGAUCAUUUUAAUCAAAGGUAUUCAAUCAUAUUUAUUGAGCACUUACUAUGUGCAGAGCACUGUACUAAGCGCUUGGAAUGUACAAUUCGGCAACAGAUAGAGACAAUCUCUGCCCAGUAACGGGCUCACACCAUAUGAUCUAACAACAACAACAAAAAAACCCUACCUACUUUGUCUUCCUUUUGGCACUGAAAUGUUUACAGCUAAAGUUAGAGAUGAGGAGCCUUCCCAUUUUAGCUGAUUUUCUAGGCUGCCUCCUCCUCUUCCUUAAUAGAGGAACGCUUGUUUAGGAGACCAUUAUAGUGUUGUUGCCUUCCGGCCCAGAUCCUCUCCCAUCUGUUCCUGUGCUGAGGGUAGUCUCUAGUUUUCUGCCAUUUGUGUGGUAAUGUGCAGGGGGACUUGGUUUUCAAAGUACAUGCUCUUCCUCUACAAAUGGAAUACUGAAAAAAUGCCACAGGACAUCAAAGGUUCCACCCUAAUCACAUCUUAAAGAAAGGUGAGAUCCUUGACUGUGGAUUGCCAGCAAUAUUCUCUCUGCCAGCCCUGUACCACCUGAAGUAAAAUGUGAAUUCUGACCAAAAUGUAGCAUAGCAGAUGUGAGUUUUGUAACAUGAUAGACACCAGGAUGGUAGCAAGGCCUACAGCAUGAUCAUAUGGUCAGCUAAGUAAUCUGAAAGGGCCCCAUCUGAUUCAUACCUUACCAACACUGGAGUCAAGUUCCAAACACUGCCCAACCCAGGGAAACUGAUCUUUUUGGCCUGGUAAUCUCACAGUGAAAGCAUUGAGUCAGUGACCCAGGAAGUAGAAUGUGCCAGUGGCUGUGCUGUAGCACCACACACUCAGGAUGACAUGCACAUGAUUUAAGGUGCCUUCUAGAAUUGGCACACAGCUAAAGAUGGAUUAAACAGCCUAAAGAAAAAAAAAGGUUAUAUACAAUCAACCAGAGAGUUAGUUAUUUGCUGCACUAAUAAAGAAUAUUAGGCUUAACAUUUCCCCAGAUCAUUUUUUAACAUCAGCUUUUGCACCCCCCAAAUUCCAUUUUUAAAAAAUCCUUAACAUUUUAACUGCAAAAAUGCACUUAGGUUGAUUUACAGUAAUCCAUAUUAUGCUGUGGUUGACUUUGGUCUAUUUAGCAGAUUUGAAUGAUGAAAGAUUAUUAUUAAUGUCAGCAGCAGUAAUACAAUAGACCUUUAUUUGGGAAUAUGUUAUCUGGUUCGGUUACUUUUAAAGAGAAGGAAUGUUUUUAUUUGGAAGAUUUACAGAAAAUAUCUGUAAAGUGUAGAAUUUACCUGGAUAUUUGUCAACUGUAGUCAGUUGGGGCAUAUCUCUUUGGUUAAUAAACUCCUAAUUUUUGCUCUGAAACAGAACCCUCACUUGUAAACCAAGAUAUGAAUCUUAAGUUAUGGAUUGCCUUGGGACCUAGGUUUUGACACAAUAGGGAUAACUGAGAUGUUGAGCUGUUAAGUCCACAAUUUCUAUCAGAAAAAAUUCAGUUUUGAGGUUUAUAAUGUAGAUUUUUCACUGAAAUAUUUUUUUAAAAAACAUACUGUUACAUUGCUACUGAUGUAUAACUUCUUUAAACCAAAAAAUCUACACACUACUUAUGAUGAAUUUAAAUGUUAAUUUUGGGACUACUGCUUAGCUAAAGCUGAUCUGUAAAGUUAGAAAAGUGGAGUGUCAGGAACAACAACAAAAAAACCUGGUACAAAGUGAAGAUAUGAGCUCAGUGGUUAAACAUAUAUAUUUUCAGUGGUGCUCUGGUUUGUCCAUUUAAAUUGCUGUUCUGUUAUUAGCCAAACCACAGAGUCCAAUGUAUUGCCUGCCACAAAGCAAAUUCAAACCUAUUAAAAAUAGGAAAUUUAAUCUCAUUAAAGGACAAUUUAAAAACUA